AUGAACAAAGCAGAUCGAAGCUCCGAAGUCUUUGCUGUAGCCACUAUCUUUUUCAUUCUCACUUGGUUGACCGUGGGCCUACGUAUCUACGUUCGCGCCAUCUUGAUGAAAGCAUGGGGUAAGGAUGACUCAUACAUGGUUGCGACACUGCUAGCAUUCACGAUAUAUCUACCCUGCCAAAUCGUUGCCGCCAUCCACGGUACGGGCAGGCAUCGCUGGCAUCUCAGCGAUAGCGACGCAAAAACAGCAUUACUGUUCUGGUAUCUUUGCGAACUCUUCUACGUCGUGACUAGCUGCUUCCUGAAGUUUGCUAUCGGGUAUUUUUACCUGCGAUUCGCAAUCGAGCCAUGGCAUAUUCGAUUUACACAACUGCUAAUGGCAGGCACCGUACUAUGUGGCCUCAUUUACUUCUUCUUGGUUAUGUUUCAGUGUACACCGAUCUCUGAAUUCUGGAACAAGCACCCUGCUUCCAGCAAGUGCCUGGGACAUGGCCCAACCUUAGGCAUCAGUUAUUCUCUCUCUGUCGUCAAUGCAAUUGCGGAUUGGGCGUUCGGUCUACUUCCCUGCUUCAUUGUUUGGAAGAUGGACUUGAGGAAGAAAACGAAGUUUCUGGUUGCAGGUAUCCUUGCAUUUGCCGCAAUUGGAAGCACAGGUACGGUCAUUCGAAUGGGAUACAUACACAGUCUAGUGGACGGCCCCGACUUUCUCUACGCUACCACUGAUGUCGCCAUCUGGAGUACUGUCGAGCCUGGAAUCGGUAUUGCAGCAGGCAGCAUAGCCACUCUUCGGCCUUUGGUGCGCCACAUACGGACGUGCCUAGGCCUUUCGAACCCAACGCCAGAAGUGAUCAAUCGCACCUACUAUCCCUCCGUUAGCAAUGGCCGGCGCAGACGUCGUCGCGAACAUCGACGCAGCUUGAGCCCGUCUUAUCUGAUACCUACGGAGUUGGGCGACGUGACAUCUAUCAAAAGCCAAGAACGUCAUGACGUAGACAUUGAGAACUGCUCGCCUCCGCCAAAUAUCGUUGUGGCAGACCUACAGCUACCAGAACAUAAGCCUAUUCCGGCUGUGGAGGUUCAGUUUCCACCUGAAGGUCCACCCAAGCUUCAUCUACGAGAUAGCUUGAGACACAGCUUCACUAUGGAGAGCAUAUUCAGUUCAAGCAGAUGA